UGUAUAAACCGUGUAAAAGUAGCUGUGUUCAUGAUUAUAGCACAGUUUAUAAACUGUAGUUAUAGUUUUAAACGAGGAAAUUCAUAAAAAAAGUAUCAAUGGUUUCGAUGGUAUCGAUUUCCAAACAUCCCUAUCCCUAUUUAUGACAUAAUAUACUAUAAAACGUCAGAUUCUGUCAAAGUGAUUUGUUUGCCAUCUAUUGCUAUAAACGAAACCGGAUAGACCAAUUCAUCAUUUAAAUGAUUUUACGAAUGGUCAUAUUAAAUAAUUUGAUCAUGAGAAAAUUUAAACCUAAAAAGUCUUCGAACGUAUUCCUUUUAUAAAUUAGUGGUUAUUAUAAACAUUAUUUUGAGAUAAAUAAUAUAAAUUCUUACUGGCCUAUGCUUUGGAAUUACAUAAAAACCUAUUAAUAAAUUAAAAUUAGAAAUGUGUCCAGCACUUUUAGAAAAUGAAGAACGUUGUUUUGGCGGAAUAACAUUUUUUGCACAAAGUCAUCCAGUUGAAGUUUGUGGCAGUAAUGGUCUACCUCUUACACCAAAUUCAAUAACCAUAUAUGGCAAGUCUCAGUUCCUGAAAACUAUACACGAUCAAAAUUUAUCAAGUUAUCUUGAUAUAAUUAGAAGUAAACAUGAGAGGAUAGUGGUGGUUACAGAAUACAAUGGAGAUCCAUUGAGCACUAAGGAAAACUUAAUCAUAGAUGAUAUUGUGAAAAUAACAUUUCAAUGCUUAUUAGGUUUGCAAAAAAUGAACAAAUUAGACUUAGUGCAUAGACAUUUAAACCCUGCAAAUAUACUCAUUAAUAAGAGUGGAAAUGUACAGUUAUACAAUUUUGGUUUAUAUUAUAUGACAGAUAAUGGAAAGAAUGUAUCUUUCCCUAUUGGUUAUCCAAAGUACACUGCACCUGAAGUAUUUUUAAGUCCUGGUGUUAGUAGUCCAAAAGUAGAUUCUUGGUCCUUGGGUAUGAUUAUUGCUGAAUUAUUAUUUGGAAGACAAAUAUGGCCAGGCGUGAAAUUGUCUCAAUGUUUGCGAAAAGUUCUUAGUUUAAUACACUGUGAAACUUCUGUAUUUGAACGCCUUGCAAGAGAAACUAAUUGUUAUAAUAUUUACAAGGAAUUGCCUGAUAAAGUAAAAGAGUUUAUAGAUUCAUGUCUUCAAAUUCAACCCUCCGCACGUCGAACACCAGAGGAAUUGUUAAAACUGCCAAUAUUUGAAGAGUUUUUAUUAAAAAAGGAAAAAAAAAAAAAAGAAAAUCUUUAUAAGAAUGUUAUUGUUAGGAAAAUGGAUGAAUUGUACUAUUUAUGGCAGCUGGCGGGUGGAGACAUUACAGUGGAAUUGAAAAAACAAGGACUGAUCAGAUCAAGACCACCUAUUUUAUCUAUUCCAAAUUUAGUUAUACUUUUAGGUCAAAUGUUUGGUCGAAGAGACAGUGCUGGUUUACUCGAUUUGCGUGUAGUCAAAGUUCCACUUGAUACACUACGUCAACGAUUGUCUCAUAUUCCGUACAUAGCAAAUUAUCCAUGGUUAACAAAUCGAAUGCGUGUUCAAUCGCAAGAAGAUUUAACAGAUGCUGCCUCUCAAUUACCUUUAAUUAUAAGAGAGAGGGAUACAGAAUAUCAAUUUUAUAGGAUUGUUUUAUAUGAUAGAUUACUGCAGGUUUAUCCAAUUACCCGGGAAGCAAUUAUAGAAGAAGCUCACAAAGAUAUACCACCGCCUGUUAGAGGAGCUGUUUGGGCAGCUUUACUUGGUAUUACUGGUGACAUUCAAAAACGCUAUGAUAUGCUUGAUAAAGAAACACCCACCCAUACGGAUCGACAGAUAGAGGUAGACAUACCGAGGUGUCAUCAAUACAGUGAAUUAUUGUCAUCUGGUGCUGGUCAUGAGAGAUUACAAAGAUUACUGAAAGCAUGGGUUCGGAAUAAUCCUCAUUAUGUUUAUUGGCAGGGAUUAGAUUCGUUAACUGCUCCAUUUCUUUAUCUUAAUUUUGAUAACGAAGCUAGGGCAUUCGAAUGUCUAUCUGCAUUUAUACCAAAAUAUCUUCAUAAAUUCUUUCUGAAAGAUAAUUCUGCCAUUAUCCAAGAAUAUUUAGGAAAAUUUUCACAAAUUAUCGCAUUUCACGACCCUCAUUUGGCUAAUCAUCUCAGAUCGAUUAACUUUGUACCCGAAUUGUUUGCUAUACCAUGGUUUUUAACGAUGUUUUCACAUGUAUUUCCACUUCACAAAAUACUGCAUUUAUGGGAUAAACUUUUACUAGGAGAUUCUUCAUUUCCACUUUUAGUCGGCUUAGCAAUAUUAAAACAACUGCGCGACUCGCUUUUAACUUCAGGUUUUAACGAAUGUAUUCUUUUAUUCUCUGAUCUUCCUGAAAUAGAUAUAGAAUUAUGUGUCAAAGAUUCUAUGAUAAUGUACCAAUUUACACCAACUAGUAUAACUUAUAGAAAACAUCAGUUUAAUCAGCCAAAGAAUGUGAUUUGGCCGGAAUUAGAACCAGGGACCGAAAGAAUGCCGAGAAUUAGCGUUGAUGACUUUUUGAAUUUGUUGGACAGUAAUUCUGAAAGGUUAAUAGUCGUUGAUGUGCGCAAUAAUAUACAAUUUGAAAGAGGCGCUGUGGUAGGAAGUAUUAACAUUCCAUUUACAAGCGUACAACUUUCUCAAACUCAAAUUGAAACUCUUGGACCACAUGCCAAACCACUUGUAGGAAACAGAAACAGUAUUGUUGUAAUUAUUGGGCCUCAUGAUCAAAAUAAUGCAUUGUUUGCAGAUUUCCUUGUAAAGUGUGGAAUUGUGGGAGUGUGUACUUUACAAGGAGGAAUUCAUGCCUUGCGAGCAAAGUCUCUAAAUGUUAUAGUAGCUACGCGUUAAAAGUAACAUUUUGCUAUUGUAGAUUAUUGUAAAAGUCUGCGUUUGUACAUAUAUAAAAAUAUUGAUUUUUAUUAUAUUAUCUGUAUAUCUAUAAAUUUUUACCUAGUUAUAAAUAUUGUACAAAAUUAUUGUCAAGUAUUAUUAAGUAUCGUAACACUUGCAACAAUUUCGCUAUGAAACAAUUGUGAAUACAAAGCAU